GCGGCCCCUCCUAUCAAGCAGGACCCGGGGAAAGGAGCGUGGAGGCGGCCCUGCCCAUAUCGGCGGGGCGAACGAGCCAUGUCAGAGUUCCAGAUUUCGGUGGAAGAGCUCAACGACCUGCUGGCCAACGGCAGCGGCUGUUACAGCCUGCCCAGCGCGCACAGCAACGAAGUGGCGCCCCGCAUCCACGUGGGCAACGCGUUCAUAGCCAAAAAUAUCAUGCGUUUACAACGCCUGGGCAUCACCCAUGUUCUCAAUGCUGCGGAAGGCAAGUCUUUCAUGCAUGUGAAUACAAAUGCUGACUUCUAUGAAGGAACUGCUAUCGUCUACCAUGGCAUCAAGGCCAAUGACACCCAGGAGUUCAACCUCAGCCAUUACUUUGAAGAAGCUGCUGAUUUCAUUGAUAAGGCAUUAGCACAGAAAGAUGGUAGAGUGUUUGUCCACUGCCGCGAAGGCUACAGCCGCUCACCCACCCUCGUCAUCGCUUACCUCAUGCUUCGGCAGAACAUGGAUGUCAAAAGUGCCGUCAGCGCCGUCCGGCAGAAACGGGAAAUUGGCCCCAACGAUGGCUUCUUGAAGCAGCUGUGCCAGCUGAAUGAGAAGCUGAUGAUGGAGGGCAAACUGAAGAAACCAUAGCCACUGCUUAGCCUGUGGCCUCUCUGCACUUCUUGCCAAACACUGUUAAUUGCUUUGGGUUGAGGGCACUGGCUGCCAGGCUGCACAAGCGAGGCAGGAGACAGUCUCAAGUUGCUUUCACAAAGACCCGGUGGGGUGGUUUCGAGUAGUACCAGAAAACUACUGCAGGAUUGUGGCAUCCUUGGUGUGGACCCCCACCUUGUCCAGCCAGGCACCAGCUCACAUAUCUUUUAUUUUGGAAUUUGUUAAGUAUAGUUUAUAUGUCUGUAUGUGUGUGCAAGAGAGAGAGGAAGAAAGUUGUGAAGGGCUUGGUUUCAAAACAUUUUGUAUCAUGACUAUAACUCUCAUAAAUUUCACAGGAUAUGAUUUUGCUAUUGUCUCCAUUUGCUUAACCAGCCAUUCUUUCCUUCACCCCCCUGCCCCCUUGUAGAUUUAAUGAAGGGUUUUUCCCUCCCCUUCACAUAUUUAGAGGUAAGGGCUGUCGUUUAUAUGGAUGGCAGGCCGGGUCAAAGGUGUGGGAUUAGGUUCUAGUCCAUAUGAUUUAUUUUCAGGGAGCAUCAGGGUUUUUUUUUUAUUUUCCCAGAAAGUUUAUAUAGAUAGCCCACAUUCUAAAGCUAUAGACCUCAGGUACCAGGGCAGUGCUAGGUUAAUUUCCCCAGCACUGAAUCCUGGAGAGUCUUAGAGCAGGUAGCUCUUAUCUUGCUGAGCUCGAUUUUGCCAUUCAGUCCCAAUCUAUUUCACAAUUUUAAGAAUGGUAAAAUUUAAAAAUGAAACAAAUGAUUUAGGUCAUCUAGUCUGCACAUAAAAACAUGCAGUUGCACAUGCGUACAUGCAGAUUCAGUGGCAGGAAUGGGGAGUGGCGGCUCUUUUGGAUAGCUGGCCUUCCAAGCUACUUAAUACCUCCAGCAAAGGAAAUCCCACUUUUCUUCUGAGUGAAGUUAAAUUCACCAUCCAACAGUUCUUGGCCACUAGAAAGGUUUGUCCUAAAGUUUUGCUGCAAUCUUUUUCCUUGGCCUUGAUACCACUUGCUUUAAUUUCCGCCUUUUAGAGCAACGUUGCCAACUUUAAUAUGGGUAGACUUCAAUUCCCAGAAUUCCCCAUUUGUCCACACAUAUCAAAGUUGCCAAAGUUGAGAGACAUUGUUCUAGAGCAAGAGCUGCUUCCUCUGUGUCAUACCUUUCAGCUAUUUGAAGAGAGCUAUGUGGUUUCCUCUUAAUGCCAAUGCUGGGUAUUUCCAUUCUCUGGAACAAGGUCUCUUAUCUAGAAUAGGUCAUAAGCAAUAAAUUGACUAGCCAGGAUCAAUGUCAAGAAUGUCUGCAAAGAGGCACCCUGGCUGCCAAAUGUAUGUGUGGGAGUGUUUGCGUAUACAUGCAUGCACACCACCGGCACAUUUUAUCUUUUGCUUAUGCUAGUUAAAGUAAGGCCCCUUGGGUCAUCACGAGACAGGAAAGUAAAACGUUUAGUUAAAAAAAGAAGAAGCACAAUUUCUUGUCAAAUUAUCCUUCCGUUUAGCUGUGCUUGACAUGAAUGUGGAUAUAAAAACACACAUUAUACAGUACUGAGACAUGCACACAUACAUAGGCACAUAUACAAGCAAUGAAAAAGCCAUCUUACGAACAAGUAGUUAAUGUAGUAAUAUAUUGUAUAUAUUGUUGACAUAGGCGGGUUUACAGCUUCUGUGUUAGAAGCAAAUCCCCCCCCCCCAUUUUGUUAGUCCUGUCCUUUCCCCCUCUUGUUUGUCUACAAAGUCACCGAGACAUGCCUCUGUUCCAAUACAGUCGGUAUGAUUUUGGCUGUGCUAGGCUGUAUUGACAAUAGAAAUGGCUGGUUUCCUGCUGAGUGUCAGUAAGGGAUAUUAGCAACCCUGCUGUCUCUUGGCCAGAGGUCUUUGCCAAUAGUAAUGAUAGUUUUUGAAGUGCUGGAUUUGGUAAGUGAAACAAAUUAGCCUAAAUAAGCUGAUCAAGUAAUUUAUUCUGGCAACACAGAUCUCCAUAGCCUUGUGUGAGAGCUGUGUUGCAUGGAAUUCUGUGUAGUUACAUUCAAUCUCUCUCACUAUCCUCCCCCCCCCCGCCGCCAUCUUAUUUUCUACAAGAUAGAACUAACCUGAAAAUUUUCAGUAUAAUUUUUUCUGACUAUGAUUUCCAGAAUAGUUAUUUUUUUUAUUACACUUAAAAGAUCAUUGUCCAGAGAUUAUGGCAUUGUAUUCCAGCAAUGGAUUGAAAUAGGUUGCAACACAUUUUUAUUUUAUUUAUUUAUUCCAUUAAAUGGAAUUAAGACCCAGGGAGGUUUUUUUUUUUUUUUUUGAUUAAAUGUGAGAGAUACAUGGAUAUAAUUCUGCUCCCUGUUUUACUUCUCAUUUCCAGCCCUUUUGCAAUGGCUUCUGGUCAAGUGACGAUAUCAUGGGAAUCCAGUUCAGAUCCCCAUUCAUCCUGGAAGUUCAGUCUCUAGAUCAGGGGUCUCCAAAGUUGGCCACUUUAAGUCUUGUGGUAGCGGCGGAAUUUUGGGAGUUGAAGUCCUCAAGUGCUAAAGUGGCCAACUUUGGAGACCCCUGAUCUAGAUGAUGAUGGAGUACUUCCCAUCUCUCAGUAAAACCAACUUCCCUGUAUUAUUGUGAACAUUAAAAGGAGCAUGAAAACUAACAUUGACUAGUUUCCUUGAAGAACAGGUGUUGGGAUUGAAUUAAAAAAAACUUUGCCUUUUUCUUCCAAGCAUUUCCCCCCACAAUCAUGUGUCAGCACCAUAUUUCUUAUAGCCAUAUUGGCCCAGUUGCUGAUCAAAGCACAGAUUUAGAGCACUGCCUUGGGCUCACAGCAAAAUAUUCUAAAAAUGACAAACUCAAUCAUGUAGACAGCUUUAAAAAAAAACCUACAGAAAUUUUAAUUGAGCUGCAAAAUCUUUGGGUUUAUUGGAAAUUGGAGCUUCUGGCACACAUUUCCAGGCACUCUGAGCUCUGGCACAAGAACUGAACCACUGCCAACCCCUUACCUGCUUCCACUGCCUUGUUUCUUGCCAUCCUCACUUGUGUUUGAGGAUGGCAAGUCUGCCUCUUCCAGCCCAGAGUUACAGCCUUAAGUUAGCAGUGGAGCAUACACUUUGCAUGCCAAACGUCUCCGAUCCACUUCAACCCUGGUAUCUCCUGUUAGAAAGAGGCAAUAUUAGUGAUCCAGAAGAGCCACAGCCUGUUUAGGUGGAUAGUAUCAGACUGGCUGCGUUAGCAGCUUCAGUUGGGCAUAGGCUUUAGCUUCAUUGUUCUUAAGAAGGAAACAAUAGCUUCACUGUUACUUUAAAAAGUUGCUUCCAAACUUCUCUUCCCCCAAAUAAUUUUAUUAAAGAUGAUGAUAUACUGAUAAAACUAAUACAAAUACAUAGUAUGGAAAUAUAUUUAAAAAAAUAAAAAAUUUACAAAGUGCAGAAAAAGGUAGAAAAAGGAAUCUCCCCCUUCAUUCCCAGCAGGUAUAAUCAACAUUAACAAUUUUAUCUCUUAAAAUACACCUGAACAUUAACCUCAUUCCAUUCCUCUGUAAGCCCAUCUCUUAAACCUCAUUUCCCCAUAUUAAUCAAAAGUCCAGUAAGAGUUACCAGAAGUAUUACAAACUACAAGAGGCUGCAAAAAAUACCACUCCUCGCCAUCUACUCACAAAAACCUUCAGCUGUCUGGAAUAUGUAUCUGGGUAAUCUCAAGAUGUCUCCUUUCUUGUGGGAGAAUUCUCAGCAACCCACACUCCGCAUUUUAGCCAUAAUGUUUAUUGCUGUCUGUGGAAUGUCAGUUUGCUGUUCCUCACCAGAAGCAGGAAAAAAAUGCUUACAAAAUUGACUAAAAACAAUGAAACCUGCAAUCCUCUGUAUCUGCAACUCUCAUUAUUCCUGUUUGUACAGAGAACGAUGGAAGCCACAACUCAGUGGAGGAUGCAAAAUUGGAGGUGGUUGUAUUACAGUAUUCCAAAUUAAUAACCUGUCAUUGAAACUAAAAUAAUUGCGAGCAAGGAUGCGAGCUCAAACCCUUCCUUCCCCAAAGAAAUAGAAUAGGAACACAUUUAAUAUGGGAGCCCAUGGCUCAGAUGAUCUGUGUGUGAAGUUUCGAUGGUAGAAGCGAUGGUGUGCUCCUUGUUCUUGAAGCCCUGCAUGGCUGUGGUUACAAACUGAUAGUUAUAUAAGAAAAAGGGUAAAACAGCCAGGAGAUACCCAAUAACGAAAGGAAAUGGAAUAACUUGUCCGAAGCAUCUGUAUUUUUUUUUAAAUGUGUUGUGAUAUUUGUCACUUGUUAGAGGGGAGACAAUCCACAAAUAUUCAAUAAAACUGACUGUGAAAUUCAA